GAGUUUCGCUCUGUCACCCAGGCUGGAGUGCAGUGGCGCAAUCCCGGUUCACUGCAAGCUCCACCUUCCGGGUUCACGCCAUUCUCCUGCCUCAGCCUCCCUAGUAGCUGGGACUACAGGCGCCCACCACCACGCCCGGUUAAUUUUUUGUAUUUUUAGUACAGACAGGGUUUCACUGUGUUAGCCAGGAUGGUCUCUAUCUCCUGACUUCGUGAUCUGCCUGCCUCGGCUUCUCAAAGGGCUGGGAUUACAGGCGUGAGCCACCGUGCCUGGCCAGAAUCUUUUAGAUUAUUAAAUGAAAACUAGAUAAAACAGAAAUACCUAUACUACAUACCACAGAUUCUGAAAUGUUGACUUUGGUGACAAAGUUACUAGUUUUUAUUGGACUUUGACAUGAAUUAACCCACUACUAUGUUUAUCAAUCAGGAAUAGUUCAUGGCAAAACUAUUGCCACUUUAUUAAUUUAAUUUUUAAAAGUUCAUAAUAGCUAUUUUUCAUGAGUGGAAACAUUUAAAAGCUUAGGCUGUUUAUGCAAUUCUAAUAGCCCAUAUUCACCACAACUCGUGUGUAAAGGAAACAAAUAAUUAGAAGUAGUAAUACUGGUUGCAUUGAGGCUUUUUUGGUAUUAAAAUGUCUCUAGGCUGGGCGCAGUGGCUCACGCCUGUAAUCCCAGCACUUUGGGAGGCUGAGGCGGGUGAGAUCGCGCCACUGCAGCACUCCAGCCUGGGUGACAGAGUGAGACUCUGUCUUAAACAAACAAAAAAAAUGUCUCUAGGACUGAUGAGCUGUACAUCUUGGAUAUCAUCGCUGUGAUUAACUGACUUGACACCAAAUGCCAAUUUAUAAAAUAAUGCCAGUAUAAUAUAGCAUUAUAAAAGAAUAUACCCUUCAAGAAGUUUACAGUCUACUUUCUAGUACUCAAAAUCGAAUAAUUUGCUUUUUAUUUUUUAUUUUUUGGCUGGAGAUCGGAGUUUUAUUAUAACUCAAAUCAGUCUCCUGGAGCAUUUGGGGAUCAGUUUUUAAGGAUAAUUUGGUGGGUGGGGGAAGGCAAGUGAAUAGAGAGUGCUAAUUGGUUGGGUUGGAGAUGAAAUCAUAGGGAAUUGAAGCAGUCCUCUUGCUCUAAAUCAGUUCCUGGGUGGGUGGCCACAAGAUCAGAUGAGCCAGUUUAUUGAUCUGAGUGGUGCCAGCUGAUCCAUCAAGGGCAGGGUCUGCAGAAUAUCUCAAGCACUGAUCUUAGGAGCAGGUUAGGGAGGGUCAGAAUCUUGUAGCCUCCAGCUGCAUGACUAUUAAACUAUAAUUUCUAAUCUUGUGCCUAAUUUGUCAGUCCUACAAAGGCAGUCUAGUCCCAUAAAUGAUUUGCUUCUAAGUAUCACUUUCUUGAAAUCACUGGUUGCAUACUGAAUUUGUAUGAUUGUUCAUAUAUGAAUGAAAUUAAAUCUUUCAAUAAAAUUUAAGAAGUUUGUCUACUUCAUAAUGAAGAUAUGCUCCAUGUCCUAUGGAGAUAGUGCUUAAGAAGUAUAUUUUUGGAAGGAAUAAACACAUGAGUAAAAGUAUAUAUGGUAUGUUUCCACAAACCUUGAAACAAGGGGCUAGACUAGCUAAUUCAUUUGGUUAUUCAACUAAAAAUGUUUGGGUCUUUGUAUUUUUUAUUUUGAUGCAGUUAGCUAACGCUCAGCUCUUAUAGUUUCACUUCAAAUAAUAAAUAGAUCACAUCUAUUCAUUCAAUAUGCACCCAUUCUAUCAGGCAUUUUGAAGUUCUUAGACAAGAUUAAAUAAACUGACAUAAUCACUUAGCUACUAGAUUCCUCCAAACAUCUCUCACAAAACAGAUAUUACUUUAUUUGUUGUGUUUAUAAACAGUAGUGGAAACAAUUCUGUUCUCUAAUUUUAAGCUGAAAAAUCAUGUCCUUAUUAAUUCAUUGUAAUAAUUUUUUAUUAAAUUUUAUCCCUUGUGUCUUAAAUUAAAUGCACAUAAAUUUGAUGUACAACUUUAUAGUUUUAAAAUGUGUCUAUUUAUGGCCUAAUUUCAACUUUAAGUGAAAAUGGAAUUAUUAAGAAAUAUUCACUGUUACAUUUGGCUAGCAAUUCAUCAUAGCAUUAAGGUACUGUUUUCCAUGGUUUUUCCAUCUUGUGUUAUAAUACUGAGACAUUUCACUUGUAUAGUUCUGCAUUCAAUUUUUCUUCCAAUUUAUUUCCUGCAAGGUAAUUCUGAGUUAUAAUUGUCACUCUAUCCUUAUUUGAUACAUUGGUUGCCUUUCUCUCCUUAUGACUGUCUUUUUGGUAAACUCAAAAAGUGAGCAGGGGCCAUACAGUUAAAUUCAAAACAGGAAGUCAUAUGAUGUUCCUUUAUAGUCCUACCUUUCAUGAUUGACUUGGCUCCCUCUGCUGGUUAGUAAUAUAAUUCCUUUCUUAGUUCAAUAGGGUAUGUGUUAACAUUGGUGAAAUAUUUGGGGUGAAUAAGCUUGGAGUUAGAGCUUCUUAUAUGUUGAUUCUCUAGCAAAUUUUGUGUUUAGCUAAGGUUUUAACCAACCUAGGCCUUCCUUAUCUAUAAUGGAAAGGGACUUGGUAUCACAUGCCUGAAAAACAAAAUUUUUAUUAAUGCCAUCUUAAAUAGACUUGCCAACAUUACAAUACUGAAAUCUACAAAUAGCAAAUAAAGUGAAAGAGUAAUGAAAUAUUUAAAUUGUAAUAAAAUAUUUCAGUAUAAUAUAAUCCUUAUCUUAUUUGCUUUCUGGUUAGAUACUUUUCAUUCUAAUCAUGCAACAUAAUGCCUCCUUUUUAAAUUCUAUACACAAUUCCUUCCUUCCUAAGUUUCCCCCUUUUAAAUCCUAUACACAAGUGUAAGUACAUUUAUUUAAAUAUAUAGAAUGAGUUGGAUGGCAAAUGAGAGUUACCUAUUUAACAAAUUAUUUACUUUGGCUAGAGAGAAAACACUUAUUGAAAGUUUAUUUUUCGGAGGGAGAAAGAAGUUUCCACCAUUUUCAGGGAGUAAUUUGUUCCUAUAAUUACUCUGUGAAAGAUAGAAAUUUGCUUUGCUCUGACUUAUUAAUAAACACUUGUUUUAAAAUUGAAGGUGGGAAAAAUAGAAACAAACAUAUAUUUUGCCCCAUGUUUAUUACUGUGCUGUAUUGGACAUUUUAGAUUGGAAAAUGUGCUACAACAGAUCAAUAAUAGUCACAGAUCUACACACAACAAAUGUAGGUCCACUAGGAAAAUAAUUCCUCCUCACAACUUUAACCAUAUCUGACAUUUCUGCUAACAACAUACUUUAUUUCCUACCCUUUGCUUUAAGAUUACCUUUCUGAAACCAGUAUCAGAUCUCUAAAAUAUCCUGGUACUUCCUCUAAAAUCCUUCACUAGUUCAUAGGCAGUCAGAUCUUUCUAACAUUCUUUUUUUCCCCAUUUUCUAAGGAAAAUCUGAACUGUAGAUUUUUAAAAACAAAAACAAACACUUUUUUUGGCCUGUAACCCCCAAUAAGGAAUAUAUUUUACAAGGUAAUCUAACACAUAUACACAUGAACAAAUGUUUACUUAAAAACACAUACCCUUACCAUCUGUGAUAUACUCUUUUAUUUUCUAUUCUUUCCUAUAUUUUAAAUAAAAAAUGCUAGUCAUAAUGCAAUAAAUUAAUUUCAUGACCCAUAGUGGUAUUAUAAUCCACAGUUUAAAACACUGGUCUGGAGCAGAUGCUUUGACUACAAGCUAACCUACUCAAGAAUGCUGUUAAAAUGAGCACCAUAAGCCUCUCUUCAUACCUAUUUUAGAUGUUUUAAGUUUUUAAUAGAUUUUAUAUUCUUCCUUCAUAAAUACAGUAAUUUUUUAAAUGAUGUUUUUCCAGAUUAGUUCAGUAUUAAAAUACUUGACUAGUUUAACUCUGGUUCACAUGCAGAGUAUGUGUAGGUUCCAGAAAGAUUAGGCUUUCAUGAAACUUUAUGGUCUUAAAUAAUUUUACAUUAAAACAUUUCAGAAGUGCAUUUUUUGAGGCCCUUCCCUCUGUGUAAUUCUUAUGCAUUACACAGUGAAACUUGCAGUAUAAUGUGGAACUGGUCACUUUGAUUUAGUAACAUAAGCUAUAGAUGUAUGAAAACAUAAACAAUAAGGCCGGGCACAGUGGCUCACGCCUGUAAUCCCAACACUUUGGGAGGCCGAGGCGGGGGGAUCACGAGGUCAGGAGAUGGAGACCAUCCUGGCUAACACGGUGAAACCCCGUCUCUACUAAAAGUACAAAAAAUUAGUCAGGCGGGGUGGUGGGCGCCUGUAGUCCCAGCUACUGGGGAGGCUGAGGCAGAAGCAUGGCGUGAACCGGAAGGCAGAGCUUGCAGUGAGCCGAGAUUGCACCACUGCACUCCAGCCUGGGCGACUGAGCAAGACUUCGUCUCAAAAAAAAAAAAAAAAAAAACCAUAAACAAUAUAGGAGUGUCAUAGGAUUAUAAAUACAUGGCAUGGAUAAUAAAAUCUACAAGUUUAGAGAAAAUUCGUAAUUAUAGGUGAGAAGUAUUAAUGAAAGGACAAAGCCUGCUCUUAGAGGAUCAGAAUAGGCCAAGAUAAAAAAAGGCAUCCAUGGGAAAAGAACUGUUCAUUUCUAUAAUUUUAACAAAAUAGAUAAUCUAUGUUGAAUAAAAUCCAUAAAUACUAUUUCCAAAUUUGAUUAAGGUAUUUACUUUGAAAACCUGAAACAGGAACAUCUUUACAGUGUUAAGUGAUUUGAUAAUUUUUGUAGCUCUGCCCUAAAAAUCAAUAUCCUUAAUUAACUCUUCAUCAGUUUCUUAAGUCAUCUGUCAUCCUAAAAGCAAUUUAAUUAUUCUAAAUGUUAAAUAAUUUUGGUAGUGUCUAAUCUAUAAAACAUACACACACUACCAGUUAUUUUUUCUACCUUUAACAAAUUCGUUCCCAUAAGAGACAAUUUUAUCACUAACAAAGGACAACCGGCAGGCAUAAAAUAGUGAGUAGAAAAUGAUUUUCUAAAAUUUUUCAUUUCUAUCAUUUUAUAGCAAGUUGCAUUUAUCUUAAAGAUAAAUAUUCUUCAACAAAAAUAACAAUUCAGAUUUUUCAGUUGUAGAAUUUCCUGGUGAUGACAUUUGAUAUAGAUAGUUUAUACCUGAAAUCCAUUUAAAAUUUUUAAUCAAAUCUUCUGCAAUUCAUUGAUCAAGAAUACAUAUGAGACUAUCCAGGGAUAUUCCUAGCAAAGAAAACUGAGUCAUGCAACUCAGUUCUUGAAGCAAGGGGGCAAUUUAAAGUCAGAAUAAAGGUUUACUGGGCUAUCCUCAAUGGACAAGUGGAGGAUGUAAGUCACCUGAUUUGGAACAUAAAAGACUUAAAAAUGUAAGAGCAGAACAAAUGGAUGGUAUUGGGAAAAAUAAUUAUUAAGAAAAAAAAACCCACAACAAUGAAAUGAAGAAAACACUAAUAUUAGAUUAACAGAUUCUAUGUAAGAUCUAAACUUGGAUACUUAAAUUUAUGCAAGCAAAAUACCAUUUGAUUUAAUAGAGAAAUACUGUGAUAUGAAUUGAAACAAUUUCUUUGAUUCUAUAACCUGGAAAAAAAAUGGUAUAAACUAUAUAAAAGUUAAAACCCUCAAAGGCAGUGUUGUGUUUUCAUUCACUGCCAUGCAUGAGAUGUGUAGCAUAAAGCUAAUUAGCGCCUAAUAAGUCCUCAAUAAGAAAGGGAAGAAACUAAAAAAACUUAAAAAUUUUAAAUUAAAUGACACAAUAAUGCCAAGACUUUCCAAAGUAGAUUGACUGUAGCAGCUGCAGUUACCUGGACAUGCAAAAUUACUAGUUUACCAGUAACAUUUAAGAAAGCAGACAGGAAGAUAAUUGUGCUUCUAUUAGCGAAUUGAAAUAAUGGUAUUUUGAAACUGAGUGAAAAACACAUUCUGAGCCAUCUGUAUUAAAGCUGUUCUGAAGAUUAAUGGGAAAAAUAAUAAUGAACAGACGAUUGGAUUUACUAAACAAUGUUUGAUUAAUUGUAUUAAUGGUUAUAAAAUACCUAUCAAGGCUGUCUUUUCUUGUCCAAAAAUUCAAUACAUGAAAUAUGAAAAUUUGUAAUACCAUAGCCAAAGCCUUAUUGCAUAGCUUCUAGCUUACUGAUAUAUUUACUUAUUUUAAUUUAAAAAGCCUAUUUUUCCAGCCACUAGGAAAUAAAAUUUCUCACGUUUUAUAGUACUCAAAAAUCAUGAUUAAGUACAUCUAAUGCUAACCUAAGUGUAAGCAAACAGCAAAAUAAAUGGUGAAUUAAAAUAUCCACACCAAGCCUGGCCUCACCUUUCAUUGAACCUUUUCUUCAGAAGAAAACUAAAAAUAAAUUUCACUAACAUUUGCUUUGCUUGACAGCAUAAUUGAGUAGCAACCAAAGUAGCCGUAUGUGGUCCUUUAUGUAAAGCCUCCUAGCCUCAGAAACACACACCUUUUGAAUUACCGUGCCUGGUACCCAUUUGUCCCCAAUAAAUACUUGCUGAAUGAACUUUUCCAAUAGUGCUGGAUUUGCUCUGAGCCAACCAAAUUCUCACUUUUGAUGUAUUUUGCAAGACAGAGGACGACAAGAUGAAGAAUGCAGUUUGAGACUCAGGAGAGCAAAGAUAAUCGGCCCAGUAUGGAUAUGAUCAUUUGAUGCACUGUCCUCGGGCAUGCCCAUUUACAGAAGCCUAAAAAAUUUUAUCCCUCGUUUGUGGGUUUCUGGUGUUGUGGAGGGCUUUCCAAUGUUUAGAAGCAAUAUAUUUUUAUAGAAUUCUGUAAUAAACGUUUUUUAAAUCUUUUAUAAAGCUCUCCGUAGCAUAUAAGUACAUAUUAAAGACAGAAAUGGGGGAGCAUCAAGGCCCUUAUAAUCGUCAUUCAUUCAUUAACCACAUACUACGCAUCUACUGUGUGGCAUUCUAGGCGGGGGCCGUAACACCAGUGCAGAAAAACACAACCUCUUGUCCUCUUAGAGCUUACAUUGCACUGGGGAAGGAGAGAUAAGAAGAUAAACAAGUAGGGAUAUGUAGACUGUCCAAAGGAUAAAAUGAGAAGGGGGCUAGGGAACUUUCAGUUUAAAAGUAGCCGCGGAAGCACCGAGUGACACGAGCAAAAUCCUGAAGGUGAAGGAGCAAGCCCUAUGGACACUCAGGGAAGAGUCCUACUCGCAAGGAUGCCAGGGCAGGCCCGCCCCCACCCCCAACAGCGCGCGGGGACUUCUGCCGCGGUCAAGGCUUUGGCUCACUCCCCUCAAGACGGGAAGCCAUUCGCAGGGCCUAGAGAAAAGGAGUGACAGGAUCUUGGCCCCCUGGGUGGCCUGAGGCAAAAGGAAUAAUCUAAGCCAGUUUUCCUACUUACUUUUAGCGCACUGGUACACACACAAAUACACAAUACAAUUCAUAUAACACGAAUUUCGUCCCGGUUGAGUAAAAUUCCCCUUACCUACUGCACUUUUUACCGAAAAUAGCCCCUUUUUAAUUUACACAAACUUAAUAGAGAACUGUGGAACGAUGGAGUUAUUUCUUGUUUUACAAUUUAAACACUACAACAACCAUAGUACUGUACGUAUAAUCACAUUUUGUAUUCCAGCCUUGUCCAGCGCCUCAGUGUUCCGAACCUAAAGAGGAAAACGAUGUUUGAAAUCAGCUGGCCGCAGGCCCGCGGGUCGCCCGCAGUCACCGGUGGCUGAGUCGGGGCCGGCGGUUCUCCCCGCGCGCUCGGCUCCACCCACACCUAGAGGGGGGCGCCGGGGCCGCCGCGGGCGAGCUUCUCGCUCGCGCAGCGUCGCCUACAGGCCUUUAUCUCGACGGUUAGAGAAGAACCCAAACCUCUGCCGACAAAAAGCAAGAGCAGCGGAGACCGCGUAUUUCCAGAAAUAAACGCAUCACAAACACGAUUCCAAUUCAAUCCAGCCGAGAGUCGUCUUCACCUCCAAAGGUUGCGUUCUUAUUCCGCAGAAAUAACACGCAGUCGGGCGUAAGGUCCCGGCUCUCAAAAGGCAAGGUGUACGAUCCAUCCAUCCACCCGGCUGCAGGGACACCAUUUAAAACGGGCAUCAUCGCCGUCGAAUCGCGGGCGUCCUCUGUGGGGCCGCCCGGAGAUCGGCUCCCUAAAGCUAACGACGACCUGGGACAGCCAGCGCGGCCUCCUGCCGCCGCCGUCGGCUACCUGAGAGCCCGUCCGGGCCUGAGUGCCCCCCACGCUCACGACCACCACCGAACUCGGGCCCCGCUCCUGUCCGCCUCCAGGAAAAUAAAGACAGAGGAGAGCCGGCCCGCCUGUGUCGCAGGGCAAACGUCGCUCUGAAGCGUCGACAAUACUGGCAACAUCCACAGCCGCCCUGAGGGGACGGGCGCAGAGGAGAGCUGCCGCCUCCCGGCUGCUGGACCCGGCUGGGCCCGGGUGCGGCGCGGCGCGGCGGAGGACGCGAGCCCAAGUGGCGGCAGCGGCGGCGGCGGCGGUGGCGGAAGUGGAGUGGGGAAGAGGGGGUGGUUGUUAGUGUUUGGCGCCGGCGGAGGGAGUCAUUCCUGCAGCUGCACUUCCGGUCGGCAUUUUGUUCUGAGAGGGAGAGACGGAACGAGAGAGACACACACACAGGGCUCCUUCCCCCCGCCCUCCCCCCCCUCCCUCCGUCGGUACCGACUCACCCGACACCACCAAGCCGCAGGGAGGGACGCCCCCGCCGACAGGAGAAUUGGUUCCCGGGCCCGCGGCGAUGCCCCCCCGGUAGCUCGGGCCCCUGGUCGGGUGUUUGUGAGUGUUUCUAUGUGGGAGAAGGAGGAGGAGGAGGAAGAAGAAGCAACGAUUUGUCUUCUCGGCUGGUCUCCCCCCGGCUCUACAUGUUCCCCGCACUGAGGAGACGGAAGAGGAGCCGUAGCCACCCCCCCUCCCGGCCCGGAUUAUAGUCUCUCGCCACAGCGGCCUCGGCCUCCCCUUGGAUUCAGACGCCGAUUCGCCCAGUGUUUGGGAAAUGGGAAGUAAUGUCAGCUGGCACCUGAACUAAGUACUUUUAUAGGCAACACCAUUCCAGAAAUUCAGGAUGAAUGGGGAUAUGCCCCAUGUCCCCAUUACUACUCUUGCGGGGAUUGCUAGUCUCACAGACCUCCUGAACCAGCUGCCUCUUCCAUCUCCUUUACCUGCUACAACUACAAAGAGCCUUCUCUUUAAUGCACGAAUAGCAGAAGAGGUGAACUGCCUUUUGGCUUGUAGGGACGACAAUUUGGUUUCACAGCUUGUCCAUAGCCUCAACCAGGUAUCAACAGAUCACAUAGAAUUGAAAGACAACCUUGGCAGUGAUGACCCAGAAGGUGACAUGCCAGUCUUGUUGCAGGCCGUCCUGGCAAGGAGUCCUAAUGUUUUCAGGGAGAAAAGCAUGCAGAACAGAUAUGUACAAAGUGGAAUGAUGAUGUCUCAGUAUAAACUUUCUCAGAAUUCCAUGCACAGUAGUCCUGCAUCUUCCAAUUAUCAACAAACCACUAUCUCACAUAGCCCCUCCAGCCGGUUUGUGCCACCACAGACAAGCUCUGGGAACAGAUUUAUGCCACAGCAAAAUAGCCCAGUGCCUAGUCCAUACGCCCCACAAAGCCCUGCAGGAUACAUGCCAUAUUCCCAUCCUUCAAGUUACACAACACAUCCACAGAUGCAGCAAGCGUCGGUAUCAAGUCCCAUUGUUGCAGGUGGUUUGAGAAACAUACAUGAUAAUAAAGUUUCUGGUCCGUUGUCUGGCAAUUCAGCUAAUCAUCAUGCUGAUAAUCCUAGACAUGGUUCAAGUGAGGACUACCUACACAUGGUGCACAGGCUAAGUAGUGACGAUGGAGAUUCUUCAACAAUGAGGAAUGCUGCAUCUUUUCCCUUGAGAUCUCCACAGCCAGUCUGCUCCCCUGCUGGAAGUGAAGGAACUCCUAAAGGCUCAAGACCGCCUUUAAUCCUACAAUCUCAGUCUCUACCUUGUUCAUCACCUCGAGAUGUUCCACCAGAUAUCUUGCUAGAUUCUCCAGAAAGAAAACAAAAGAAGCAAAAGAAAAUGAAAUUAGGCAAGGAUGAAAAAGAGCAGAGUGAGAAAGCGGCAAUGUAUGAUAUAAUUAGUUCUCCAUCCAAGGACUCUACUAAACUUACAUUAAGACUUUCUCGUGUAAGGUCUUCAGACAUGGACCAGCAAGAGGAUAUGAUUUCUGGUGUGGAAAAUAGCAAUGUUUCAGAAAAUGAUAUUCCUUUUAAUGUGCAGUACCCAGGACAGACUUCAAAAACACCCAUUACUCCACAAGAUGUAAACCGCCCACCAAAUGCUGCUCAAUGUUUGUCGCAGCAAGAACAAACAGCAUUCCUUCCAGCAAAUCAAGUGCCUGUUUUACAACAGAACACUUCAGUUGCUGCAAAACAACCCCAGACUUCUGUGGUACAGAAUCAACAACAGGUAUCACAACAGGGACCUAUAUAUGAUGAAGUGGAAUUGGAUGCAUUGGCUGAAAUUGAGCGAAUAGAGAGAGAAUCAGCUAUUGAAAGGGAGCGCUUCUCAAAAGAAGUUCAAGAUAAAGAUAAGCCUUUGAAAAAAAGAAAACAAGAUUCUUACCCACAGGAGGCUGGGGGUGCUACAGGAGGUAAUAGACCAGCUUCUCAGGAGACGGGUUCUACGGGAAAUGGGUCAAGGCCAGCAUUAAUGGUUAGCAUUGAUCUUCAUCAGGCAGGAAGAGUGGACUCUCAGGCUUCUAUAACUCAGGAUUCAGACUCCAUAAAAAAGCCUGAAGAAAUCAAACAAUGUAAUGAUGCACCUAUUUCUGUUCUUCAGGAAGAUAUUAUUGGAAGUCUUAAAUCUACACCAGAAAACCAUCCUGAGACACCUAAAAAAAAGUCUGAUCCUGAGCUUUCAAAGAGUGAAGUGAAACAAAGUGAAAGUAGAUUAGCAGAAUCUAAACCAAAUGAAAACCGAUUGGUGGAGACAAAAUCAAGUGAAAACAAGUUAGAAACUAAAGUUGAGACCCAAACAGAAGAACUUAAACAGAAUGAGAGCAGAACAACUGAAUGCAAACAAAACGAGAGCACCAUAGUUGAGCCUAAACAAAAUGAAAAUAGACUGUCUGACACAAAACCAAAUGACAACAAACAAAAUAAUGGCAGAUCAGAAACAACAAAAUCAAGGCCUGAAACCCCAAAGCAAAAGGGUGAAAGCCGGCCUGAGACUCCAAAACAAAAGAGUGAUGGGCAUCCUGAAACCCCAAAACAAAAGGGUGAUGGAAGGCCUGAAACUCCAAAGCAAAAAGGUGAGAGCCGCCCUGAAACUCCAAAGCAAAAAAAUGAAGGGCGACCUGAAACACCAAAACACAGGCAUGACAAUAGGAGGGAUUCUGGAAAGCCAUCUGCAGAGAAAAAACCUGAAGUGUCUAAACAUAAACAAGAUACUAAAUCUGACUCACCUCGGUUAAAAUCAGAACGAGCUGAAGCCUUAAAGCAGAGACCUGAUGGGCGAUCUCUUUCUGAGUCACUAAGACGUGACCAUGAUAAUAAACAAAAAUCAGAUGACAGAGGUGAAUCAGAGCGACAUCGAGGGGAUCAGUCUAGGGUUCGAAGACCAGAAACAUUGAGAUCCUCUAGUAGAAAUGAACAUGGCAUUAAAUCUGAUAGUUCAAAAACUGAUAAACUAGAACGAAAACACAGGCAUGAAUCAGGGGACUCAAGGGAAAGACCAUCUUCUGGGGAACAGAAAUCAAGACCUGACAGUCCUCGUGUUAAACAAGGAGAUUCUAAUAAAUCAAGAUCUGAUAAACCUGGUUUUAAAUCACCAAAUAGUAAAGAUGACAAAAGGACAGAGGGUAACAAGAGUAAAGUAGACACUAAUAAAGCACACCCUGACAAUAAGGCAGAAUUUCCAAGUUAUUUGUUGGGGGGCAGGUCUGGUGCGCUGAAAAAUUUUGUCAUUCCGAAAAUCAAGAGGGAUAAAGAUGGCAAUGUUACUCAGGAGACAAAAAAAAUGGAAAUGAAAGGAGAGCCGAAAGACAAAGUAGAAAAAAUAGGAUUAGUUGAAGAUCUAAAUAAAGGAGCUAAGCCUGUAGUUGUGCUACAAAAACUGUCUUUGGAUGAUGUUCAGAAACUUAUUAAAGAUAGAGAGGACAAAUCAAGAAGUUCCCUUAAACCUAUCAAGAAUAAACCAUCAAAGUCAAAUAAAGGUAGUAUAGAUCAAUCAGUGUUAAAAGAAUUACCCCCUGAACUCCUGGCAGAAAUUGAGUCCACCAUGCCACUUUGUGAACGUGUGAAAAUGAACAAACGCAAGCGUAGCACAGUUAAUGAAAAGCCAAAAUAUGCUGAAAUCAGUUCAGAUGAAGAUAAUGAUAGUGAUGAAGCUUUUGAAUCCUCUAGGAAACGACAUAAAAAAGAUGAUGAUAAAGCUUGGGAAUAUGAAGAGCGUGACAGAAGAAGCUCUGGGGAUCAUAGGAGAAGUGGCCACUCUCAUGAAGGAAGAAGGAGUUCAGGUGGUGGUCGUUAUCGAAACCGAAGUCCGUCAGAUUCUGACAUGGAAGAUUAUUCUCCUCCUCCCAGCCUUAGUGAGGUUGCUAGGAAAAUGAAGAAAAAAGAAAAACAGAAGAAAAGGAAAGCAUAUGAACCAAAACUAACACCUGAAGAAAUGAUGGACUCUUCAACUUUUAAGAGAUUCACAGCCUCAAUAGAGAAUAUUUUGGAUAAUUUGGAAGAUAUGGAUUUUACUGCAUUUGGUGAUGAUGAUGAAAUUCCUCAGGAACUGCUCUUAGGAAAACAUCAGCUUAAUGAACUUGGCAGUGAAUCUGCUAAAAUAAAAGCAAUGGGUAUAAUGGAUAAGCUUUCAACUGAUAAAACUGUGAAAGUCUUAAAUAUCUUGGAGAAGAAUAUUCAGGAUGGGUCAAAGCUUUCCACUUUGUUAAAUCAUAAUAACGAUACUGAAGAAGAAGAAAGGUUAUGGAGAGACCUUAUUAUGGAGAGAGUUACAAAAUCAGCGGAUGCUUGUCUUACAACCAUCAACAUUAUGACAUCCCCUAACAUGCCAAAAGCUGUGUACAUUGAGGAUGUAAUUGAAAGAGUUAUACAGUACACUAAAUUUCAUUUGCAGAAUACACUUUAUCCUCAGUAUGAUCCUGUUUACAGAUUAGAUCCUCAUGGAGGAGGCUUAUUAAGUUCAAAAGCAAAACGGGCUAAAUGUUCUACACAUAAGCAGAGAGUAAUAGUAAUGCUUUAUAACAAAGUUUGUGACAUUGUUAGCAGCUUAUCAGAAUUGCUAGAGAUACAACUUCUUACAGACACAACAAUUCUUCAGGUUUCAUCUAUGGGAAUAACACCAUUUUUUGUGGAAAAUGUCAGUGAACUACAGUUGUGUGCCAUUAAGUUAGUCACUGCAGUAUUCUCAAGAUAUGAAAAACAUAGGCAGUUAAUUUUGGAAGAAAUUUUUACUUCACUUGCAAGAUUACCAACCAGCAAGAGGAGUUUAAGGAACUUCAGGUUAAACAGUAGUGAUAUGGAUGGAGAACCUAUGUAUAUUCAGAUGGUUACAGCACUGGUUUUACAACUUAUUCAGUGUGUUGUACACUUACCAUCAUCAGAGAAGGACACUAAUGCAGAAGAAGAUUCAAAUAAAAAAAUUGACCAGGAUGUUGUCAUUACUAACUCUUAUGAAACAGCUAUGCGAACAGCCCAAAACUUCCUCUCCAUCUUCCUUAAAAAAUGUGGUAGUAAGCAAGGUGAAGAAGAUUACAGACCACUGUUUGAAAAUUUUGUUCAAGACCUUCUUUCAACAGUCAAUAAGCCUGAAUGGCCAGCUGCUGAACUACUCCUUAGUUUGUUAGGGAGACUGUUGGUUCAUCAGUUCAGUAACAAGUCAACAGAGAUGGCUUUAAGAGUGGCAUCUCUUGAUUACCUUGGAACUGUUGCUGCACGGCUGAGAAAAGAUGCUGUUACAAGCAAAAUGGAUCAAGGAUCUAUAGAACGCAUUUUAAAACAGGUUUCAGGAGGAGAAGAUGAAAUCCAACAAUUACAAAAAGCAUUGCUUGAUUACUUGGAUGAAAACACUGAGACUGAUCCUUCACUAGUGUUUUCUCGUAAAUUCUAUAUAGCCCAGUGGUUUCGAGACACGACUCUGGAAACAGAAAAAGCAAUGAAAUCACAAAAAGAUGAAGAAUCAUCUGAAGGAACACAUCAUGCAAAGGAAAUUGAGACAACUGGCCAAAUUAUGCAUCGAGCUGAAAACCGAAAAAAGUUUCUUAGAAGCAUUAUCAAAACCACACCUUCUCAGUUUAGCACAUUAAAGAUGAACUCUGAUACUGUGGACUAUGAUGAUGCUUGCUUGAUUGUUCGAUACUUGGCCUCCAUGAGGCCGUUUGCCCAGAGCUUUGAUAUUUAUUUGACCCAGAUCCUACGAGUUCUUGGUGAAAAUGCAAUUGCUGUUCGAACAAAAGCCAUGAAGUGUUUGUCUGAGGUUGUUGCUGUAGACCCCAGUAUUCUAGCAAGGCUUGAUAUGCAACGAGGUGUUCAUGGACGACUGAUGGAUAAUUCGACUAGUGUCCGAGAAGCAGCAGUAGAAUUACUAGGUCGAUUUGUCCUUUGUCGACCUCAGCUUGCUGAACAGUAUUAUGAUAUGCUGAUUGAAAGAAUAUUGGAUACUGGUAUCAGUGUCAGGAAAAGAGUAAUAAAGAUUCUCAGAGACAUUUGUAUUGAACAACCAACAUUUCCAAAAAUCACAGAAAUGUGUGUAAAAAUGAUUCGCAGAGUCAAUGAUGAAGAGGGCAUUAAGAAAUUAGUAAAUGAAACAUUCCAGAAACUCUGGUUUACUCCAACUCCACACAAUGACAAAGAAGCAAUGACAAGGAAAAUUUUAAACAUUACCGAUGUGGUUGCAGCAUGCAGAGAUACUGGAUAUGACUGGUUUGAGCAACUCCUUCAAAACUUGUUGAAGUCCGAAGAGGAUUCCUCAUAUAAACCUGUGAAGAAAGCUUGUACUCAACUUGUUGAUAACCUAGUUGAGCACAUUCUUAAAUAUGAGGAAUCUCUAGCUGACUCUGACAAUAAAGGUGUGAAUUCUGGAAGAUUGGUAGCUUGCAUAACCACUUUGUUCUUAUUCAGCAAAAUAAGACCCCAGCUCAUGGUUAAACAUGCAAUGACUAUGCAACCAUACCUUACCACUAAAUGUAGUACACAAAAUGAUUUCAUGGUUAUCUGCAAUGUUGCAAAAAUCCUAGAGCUAGUUGUACCACUGAUGGAGCAUCCAAGUGAAACUUUUCUUGCCACUAUUGAGGAAGAUCUAAUGAAGCUCAUCAUCAAAUAUGGCAUGACUGUAGUGCAACAUUGUGUGAGCUGUCUUGGAGCUGUUGUAAAUAAAGUGACACAAAAUUUUAAAUUUGUGUGGGCUUGUUUCAAUAGAUAUUAUGGUGCCAUUUCAAAAUUAAAAAGUCAACACCAAGAGGACCCAAAUAACACUUCACUUCUAACAAACAAACCAGCACUUCUUAGAUCCCUUUUCACCGUUGGAGCGCUAUGUCGGCAUUUUGAUUUUGAUCUGGAAGAUUUUAAAGGCAACAGCAAGGUUAACAUAAAAGAUAAAGUACUUGAACUAUUGAUGUAUUUUACAAAACAUUCAGAUGAAGAAGUACAAACAAAAGCUAUCAUUGGUCUAGGAUUUGCCUUUAUUCAGCAUCCAAGUCUAAUGUUCGAGCAAGAAGUGAAGAAUCUAUAUAAUAAUAUUUUAUCUGAUAAGAACUCCUCAGUCAAUUUAAAAAUACAAGUGUUAAAAAACCUCCAGACCUACCUACAAGAAGAAGAUACACGUAUGCAGCAGGCAGAUAGAGACUGGAAGAAAGUUGCAAAACAGGAAGACUUGAAAGAAAUGGGUGAUGUUUCCUCAGGGAUGAGUAGUUCCAUCAUGCAGCUUUAUCUCAAACAGGUGCUUGAGGCAUUUUUUCACACCCAGUCAAGUGUACGCCACUUUGCCCUAAAUGUCAUUGCAUUGACUCUAAAUCAAGGUCUUAUUCAUCCAGUUCAGUGUGUGCCAUAUUUAAUUGCUAUGGGCACAGACCCAGAACCUGCUAUGCGGAACAAGGCUGAUCAGCAACUUGUGGAAAUAGACAAAAAAUAUGCUGGAUUCAUUCAUAUGAAAGCAGUGGCUGGUAUGAAGAUGUCUUACCAGGUACAACAGGCAAUCAACACAUGCCUAAAAGAUCCUGUAAGGGGUUUCAGACAAGACGAGUCCUCUAGCGCUUUGUGUUCACACCUUUACUCCAUGAUCCGUGGAAACCGCCAACACAGACGAGCCUUUCUUAUUUCUUUACUCAACCUCUUUGAUGACACAGCAAAAACAGACGUGACUAUGCUCUUGUAUAUAGCAGACAAUCUAGCCUGUUUUCCAUACCAGACACAGGAAGAGCCGUUGUUUAUAAUGCAUCAUAUAGACAUUACACUCUCAGUUUCUGGUAGUAACCUACUGCAGUCAUUCAAGGAGUCUAUGGUAAAGGACAAAAGGAAAGAGAGAAAAUCAUCACCUAGUAAGGAAAAUGAGUCAAGCGACAGUGAAGAAGAAGUUUCCAGGCCUCGGAAGUCACGGAAACGUGUAGAUUCAGAUUCAGAUUCAGAUUCAGAAGACGAUAUAAAUUCAGUGAUGAAAUGUUUGCCAGAAAACUCAGCUCCUUUAAUUGAAUUUGCAAAUGUGUCCCAGGGUAUUUUAUUACUUCUAAUGUUAAAACAACAUUUGAAGAAUCUUUGUGGAUUUUCUGAUAGUAAAAUUCAGAAGUACUCUCCAUCUGAAUCUGCAAAAGUAUAUGAUAAAGCAAUAAACCGAAAAACAGGAGUUCAUUUUCAUCCAAAACAAACACUGGACUUCCUGCGGAGUGACAUGGCUAAUUCCAAAAUCACAGAAGAGGUGAAAAGGAAUAUAGUGAAACAGUAUCUAGAUUUCAAACUUCUCAUGGAACAUCUGGACCCUGAUGAAGAAGAAGAAGAAGGGGAGGUUUCAGCUAGCACAAAUGCUCGGAACAAAGCAAUUACCUCACUGCUUGGAGGAGGCAGCCCUAAAAAUAAUACAGCAGCAGAGACAGAAGAUGAUGAAAGUGAUGGGGAGGAUAGAGGAGGAGGCACUUCAGGGUCAUUGAGAAGGUCAAAACGAAAUUCAGACUCUACGGAGUUGGCAGCACAGAUGAAUGAAAGUGUUGACGUCAUGGAUGUCAUCGCUAUUUGCUGUCCAAAGUACAAAGAUCGACCACAAAUUGCAAGAGUAGUACAGAAAACCAGCAGUGGCUUCAGUGUUCAGUGGAUGGCAGGCUCCUACAGUGGCUCCUGGACUGAGGCUAAGCGCCGUGAUGGCCGCAAACUGGUGCCUUGGGUAGACACUAUUAAAGAGUCAGACAUUAUUUACAAAAAAAUUGCUCUAACGAGUGCUAAUAAGCUGACUAAUAAAGUUGUUCAGACUUUACGAUCCCUGUAUGCCGCCAAGGAUGGGACUUCCAGCUAAUGAAUUUGUACAUGCAGCCAAAUUUACAGGAAUUUUUUAAAAGGCAGAAAAACUUGAAAUACCAACAUUCUGGCAAAAAAAAAAAAAAAAAAAUCAGUUUUAUGAAGAGUAAGUGGAACCUGGGAUGCAGGAACAAAAGAAGGAAAUGUUGGGCAAACAUUUUUGUGGGAGCUCCCUUCGCUGUUGUGCAGCAGAAACAGAUUCUCAGUUCAUUUUUACUCCCACUGUAUUAUAGUUUAACAAAAAUUGUUUAUAUCUUGGAAAAAAACUUCUGUUUAAAAAAAAUAAACAAGUGAAUGUUGGAAAUUAGUCUGUUAAUGUUCUUAAUAAAGUGUUCUUGGAGUUUAACCUAGCAGCGGAUGGCUUUCUUUAGCUUAGCCCAGUUUCCAGGGAAGCAUUGUUUUUUCCAGGCUGUAAAAUGGCAGAAUCUCCUGGAUAUAUAAUUUAUUCUGUUGAAAAAAAAAAAAGCAUGCAGUAUCUAUGACCUAUCUGCAGAAGGAGUUUUUGUAAAUGUAGAUUUUGAUGUAUUAGGUCACCCUGAAAACAAUACAAGAAAAGGGAUCCCCAGGUAAUCUGGUGGAGCGAAUACUGCAAUAAAUUUUUUUACUUCUCUUUGUUACUUGUCUGUUUCCAUUUGAAUUUCUUAUUGUAAAAAUCUGUUUAAAUCCAUUUAUAUUAUUUUACAGUCUUUUAUGUAAAAUUUAUUAUAUCACUGGUUUUCAAAGCAAAACAUAAAAUAUUGUUUAUACAGUU